CUUCUGUUUUCGCGGGUCCUCCGGGCCAAACAAUUUCGGACAGCAUUUGGCGGUCGGUCCUGUGGCUGCGAACGACAGGCCUGACUUGUCUUUUGCCGCCUUUUGUCUGUGGGAGCGCUCUCGAGUCAGAGGCCGUCUCGAAGAGACAUUCCAGCGAUGAACGCGCUUAAAUAAACCGCAUUUCUUUCACUUUUGCGCCUAUGGCACUCGCUCUUUCCACUUGACACCUAAAUAUUAUUUGGUACAGCUUCUGGAGGCAUGAUAGGGUGUUGAAAUUAGGGGCUUACGAAUCUCAGAAACUUCUAUAGGCACAACUGCAAGGGUUUGUGUAGCAAUUUGAAGGAUUGGAUGUCAGCAGAGACAACCUGGUUGUUCUCUUUGAAAUAGGUAACAGGCAACUAUGGCACCAAAAAGAAGACCGGUCCCCUUGAUUAUAACCCCCACAGGAGAAGGACAGUCAACCAACAUAGAUGCAGCAGCAGAGGCCAAUCUGGAGGCCUUGCAGAGGAAGUUAGGGGAGCUGGAUUUGGAUGAACAGCAGAGGAAGCGGCUUGAGGCUUUCCUCACCCAGAAAGCCCAAGUGGGCGAGCUCAAAGAUGAAGAUUUUGACCCCAUAUGUGAACUUGGGGCAGGUAAUGGUGGGGUGGUCCACAAAGUCCGUCACAAACCCUCAAGACUGGUCAUGGCCAGGAAGCUUAUUCAUUUGGAAAUCAAACCAGCCAUCAGGAACCAGAUCAUACGAGAGCUGCAGGUCCUACAUGAGUGUAAUUCGCCAUACAUUGUAGGGUUUUACGGCGCCUUUUACAGCGAUGGAGAAAUCAGCAUCUGUAUGGAGCACAUGGAUGGAGGUUCUUUGGAUCAAGUGCUGAAGGAAGCCAGGAGAAUCCCUGAAGAAAUUUUGGGCAAAGUUAGCAUAGCUGUACUCCGAGGUCUGGCGUAUCUUCGGGAGAAACACCAAAUAAUGCACAGAGACGUAAAGCCCUCCAACAUCCUGGUGAACUCGCGCGGCGAGAUCAAACUGUGCGACUUUGGUGUGAGUGGCCAGCUCAUCGACUCCAUGGCCAACUCCUUCGUUGGAACACGGUCGUACAUGUCGCCGGAGAGACUCCAGGGCACACACUAUUCAGUUCAGUCGGAUGUGUGGAGCAUGGGCCUAUCACUGGUUGAGCUGGCUAUUGGACGCUACCCCAUCCCCCCUCCUGAUGCCAAGGAACUGGAGGCCAUAUUUGGCCGGCCAGUGCUGGACACAGGUGGGGCAGAAGGCCACAGCAUGUCCCCGAGACCAAGGCCUCCAGGACGACCGGUUAGCGGACAUGGAAUGGACAGCAGGCCAGCCAUGGCUAUAUUUGAGCUACUGGACUACAUUGUCAAUGAGCCACCACCCAAGCUGCCCCAUGGCGUCUUCACCACUGACUUUGAGGAGUUUGUGACAAAAUGCCUCAUGAAGAAUCCUGCUGACAGAGCUGACCUUAAGAUGCUAAUGGGCCACACGUUCAUCAAGCGGGCCGAGGUUGAGGAGGUGGAUUUUGCUGGAUGGUUGUGUAAAACCAUGGGCCUUCACCAGCCCAGCACACCCACUCAUAGUGCUGAAUGAACGCUGGCUCACAGCGUAGCCACCCAUGUCAUCCUCAUCCUCUGCUCUACUUCUCUCCUUUUUGCUCUCACAGGCCUGUAUGCUUGUAAGCCUCUGACACACCGCUGUGCGCUCUUUUGCCAUUCUCUGCUUGCUCUUCCCUUCCACCGCGGUGCGUUCUGGGGCACUGUUUUAUAAGAGCUUCUGGUGUUGGAACACAGUCGUUUGAAUGAAUAUGGAGAUUAGAGUCACUUAAGUGGAGUGGCUGUAUUUUUAACGACCACAUUAUUCAGGAAUGUCCAAAAUGGUAAAGAUCAGCUAGGUUUUGUUUGCAUAACAGCUUUUUCAUUAGUUUUAUGAUGUUUUUGUUUAGUUUUCAUAGUUGAUUUAUUAAUUCAUUAUAUUAUGUUUUUUAUUUUUGCUUAAGCGCUAUUUUUGGCGGUUAGCGUUACACUGUGUUAAAAUGGAUAGCUUGGUUCAAAGGCAAACAUUUAAUUGAGAAUCAACUGCCGUUUGCAUCACAAAAAAAAAAAAAAAAAAACCCAAAGAGGGCUACUGCGGAUCAUAGAGGUUGGUUUAUUUCAAAGAUGAUUAUAAAUGCAAGAUGGCCAAAUCAGCAACGCUCAAGUGCAUACGCACAGUUGUUUAGCUUGUGCGUUGCAGGUAGCACUGCUAGUACACGGUCAAGUACUCCAUCAUGCCAACCAUUGGCCAUGCUGUAAGUUUGCACACAUUAGCAAAAAGAAACAUAAGCUUAGGGA